GAGGGGAGGGGAGGGGAGGAAGGAAGGAAGGAAGGAAGCACAACAGGAGAGAAGGCAAGAAGGAGCAGAAGAAGGGGAGGAAGGAAGGAAGCAGAUGAGGGGAAAGCCUUAGAAGGUGGAGCAGGGAUUACUGCCAAAGCGAUUCCGUGCCCAGUUGCUGGCUGGCUGGCAGGAAGGCAGGCAGGCGGGCUGGUUGAUUGAUUGAUUGAUUGAUUGACUGACUGAUUGCUUGAUUUAUUGUGGUGAUGGUGAUGAUGACUAAUCUGCCACCGAUGGAAGCCGAUGAGAGCAAAGACGCGAAGGAACCAAUGAACUAAGAGUAGAAUUAGAGUGAGGGAGAAGAGACGCGGAUUGAGGAGUUCUAGAGAAGAUUGAUGCGGAGCAAGUAUCAGAAUGAUACAAACUGGGUCUAUCCGAUAAGCCGAUCGAUUCAACUCCGAAUUCAUUAAGAGGAUUUCAUUCAUGCAGCGGAUGUGAAAGCGCAUUUUGCUGUGUCUGCGGCUCAUAGAAUUGGGGAGUAGGGAGGAGUGAAGGCAAGUAGGCCGAGUUUAAGAGAACUCUUCGGCCGUGGACGAGGUGAAGCCGGACGUCGACUGAAGAAAGCCCUGGCAUCAAUCAAUCUCCGACUGGGCGUUGUUUGUCUAUAUCUGGGACGGGAGUGUGUUACAUUUCCUUCAAACCGUUCUUUCACUUAGUGUGAAAUUGCUCUCACACGAAAUUGCGCCAUUUCUAUUUCGGGAGGAAACCAUGUCAUUUAAGGUAGCCUGGCAUUUGGAAAGGGACUUGUCUACCAUUGACUUGCGGCAGUUCAGUAUGUGAGUAGUAAUGGAAAGGGAUGGUGCUCGCAAGAAACAUCAAUUCUAGGGACUGAAACAGACUCAACAAGGCACUUCGAGUGAUGUACGUCAGGCGUCCUCUGUUGCAAUGAGUGCCCCACAUCAAAAGCUCCCGGCCAGCAACAUCACUUGUCGUUAUUGGGCAACAUCAGGAACAUGUUUCUUUGGCGAUCAAUGCAAUUUUGCACACAACACUGCUGAUAGGGCCACUUCAGGAAGAGCUGUUCCUAAGCGGGAGAAAGCCUGCAAGGAGUUGCUACUGACUGGUUACUGCAAGAAUGAGAACGAUGGGUGUGAGUACAAUCACAGCAUUCCAGGAGUGACACGCUCAGGGCCCCCCACACCGACCACCACAGGUGCCUCUGGCUCUGCGACAUCGUCUACAUGGAGUGCAUCUACAAGUCGGGCGGCAACUUCAUCAGCUCCUGGCACAGUUGCAGCUGCAGCAAUUCGAAACAAAGGUCUGCCGGUCACUGCCCCGGCUUUUGUCCCCGCGGCAGUUGCCGCCGCGCAGAGGGCAUCUUUGACUGCGUGGGGUGGGUUAACGCCUGGUGGAGGUAGCCUGUUGACUAAUGUUAACCAAUCACCGGCCUUUUUUACUUCAACAAGUUUGACUGUUUUAAGUAGUCCGUCUCAAAACGGCACUCUAUCGCCAGCCAGUACUGUCGUUGGCAAUAAUUCGAGCACUUCCACAUCUCUCUCCGUUGUUACCAGAUCAUUGGAAACUGAAGCUAGUGGUUCCUCUGAAGGCCUUCCCUGCCCAUCAUUUGUGAGUGGCUCACUUCCAGCCAGCUUGAAUGCCCAACCUUUUGUACCUAGUGGUUUACAUGCAAGCAGUAUUGUAAAUGGAGUUACAUCAGCAAGCGCCGGGACUAGCUCUAGCAGCAGCAUUGGUAAUGCAAACGCUGCCCCCUAUGUUCCUUCUGGGGUUGCUUCAGCCAUCGGUGCUCCUCCUUAUAUACCAAAAGCAAAGCAGCAUGUGCUUAGCGGUGUCGUCGGUGCGGGACGUCCCAUGCCUGAGCAGUCACAUCUUGGACUUGGAGGCAUCCCUCAACAGUUGCAAUUGCGUCAGCAGUUGUCUCAGCUCCACAUGCAACAGCAACAAGCAGCUCACAUGCUCGCAGUGGCCGCGCGAAACAUGGGGGGGAACGGCAUGAGCAGCCCAUACAUGAAUAUGGACGUUCCAAUGGUUAUGCCCCCUUUCAGAUUACCAGAUGGAGAUGAUCCUGCCUUGGGAAUGACUGCAAUGUCACCACCGAAUCCUUCAUUCGUAAUUCCGUUAACGCGCGGCAGUAAUGGUAGUGUUCCUGUACUUCCAGCCCCUGAAGCGUUGGCCAGCAUGGGUAUUGUGGGCGACGGUUCCGGCGGAUUGCAAGUUGGAAGCGGUUACCCGUCGCAGAUGAGCUAUGGUUCAAGCAUGCAGUCUCAGUCUUCGGUGAGAGUACAACAUAUGCAUCAGCAUAUGCAGAAGCUGCAGAUGCAACAUCAUCCACCUCCGUUGCAGUUGUCCGGUCAGAACCAUCCGUUUACAUUAAGGACAACGCAAAACGUUGAUAACCCGAAGCAACAGUACGGAGUCUCUGGAACCGACAAACAGCAUCUCAACCUUGCAUCCGACUUAGGCACGGCUAAUGAUGGCAGAAACCCUUCUUCUUCAUCAGCAACGACACCUACUCAUUUUGCCGGUGAUUCCCAGGCCCAAGAUCAUCUCCCUUCUUUGUCAGGAGAGUUGGAUUCUCAACAAACUAUUGUUUCUGAUUCUUCCUCUGGACACCAGCAGCAGCAGCAGCAGCAGCAACAACAACAACAACAAACACCUCAGCAGCCACUACAGUCACCGGCACAACUUUUGCAGUCUGCCAAACAACGACAGCAGCAGCUUCAACAACAGCAAAUGCUUCAACAUCAACAACACAUGCAACUUAUGCAACAGAGGCCACAGCCAUCAAACCAAAGACCUAUCACUUCACCUGUACAACACCAACAGCGCUUACCAUUCAGAUCGCCCUCUCCAGUACCGAACGUAUCCACGGUAGCAGCUACCACACACGGAGGGGCAACAUACUUUCAUGGUCCCGGCCAAGGCAUAAGUAGCCUGCCACACGUCUCUCAAGGCGGCCCUUUUAGUGGUUCUGCUGGUCGUGUCGAAGGGCGAAUCAGGGGGCAGUCCAACGUGGGCAUUGUUCCACUUGGCCCACGUUUCAUGUCAGAUCAUCUACGCGAAGAGCUUCGCCGCCGGCAUGCUCUUAUCCACGCCCAGCUGGAUACAGAUCAGAACAUCAUCAAUUUGCCAGAAAUGGUGCAAAGAUUUCAUACCCUAUAUCCAUUGGAGGAGGUUAAUCGAGACGAUGAUUCUCCAAGCUGCGCCUUUGGUGUCCGUUCAAUGACAUUUAAGGGCAUAUCUUCUUCAGAUGGUAUUGCUUACGCGAUUCGACGAAUUGACAGUCGUGAGGUGGUACCAAACCCGGAGUUAGCAGCUUCUGCGGCCGAGGUUGUAGAAAGAUGGUCCCCGUUGGCUCGUCAUCCUCACAUUGUGUCUAUUAGAGAGUGUUUUGUAAGUCGAGAGAUAGAGGACUCCGCUGCACUUUUCUUUGUACAUGAUUACUAUCCUGGUUCUGUUACUCUAGAAGCAAUGCAUCUUCAUCAAGAACAAGCAGGAGGAGUUGCUCCUAUGAUGAUAAGCGAAGAGCAGUUGUGGAGCUAUAUGGUUCAAUUGGCUGCGGUUCUUCGAGCAGUUCACUCAGCUGGACUCUUUUUCCGUCCAGGAGGAUUGCAUCCCUCCAAGGUCAUUCUCCCUACAAGAGGUCGUCUACGCGUAAGCAGUGCUGGUAUUCUGGAUGUCCUGAAUGGAGAAGCCACCGAUGAUCCAAGGGUGUUUCAGAGAGAAGAUCUGGCUGGUUUCGGGCGUCUUAUACUUUCAUUAGCAUGUGGAUCCAUGCAUAAUGCCUCUCUCGACUUCAUGGCCGCUCACUAUUCGGCAGAUCUGGUCCAUGUGACCAAUGCUUUGCUGGCUUCAUCUUUGGACAAGUCUGACGGAGUCGGAAUUAGUAACAUUCGUCAGUUGCAUCAUGUGUUAACGGAGCGUAUGUUUGGAGAGAUUGAACAAUUACACCUCCAAAACGACGAGCUGAUGUCGGAGAUUAGUAAAGAAACAGAGAAUGGACGGCUGUUGCGUAUCUUAAUCAAGCUAGGAAUGACAAAUGAGCUACCUGAAGAUGAUAUUGAGUCGGGAUGGUCGGAGACCGGUGACCGCUACUUGCUGAAGCUUUUCCGUGACUUCGUCUUCCACCAGACAAUCAAAGGAAGACGUUCAUAGGUAGGCUGAAGGGAGCCUUGUCUUUGAAUAAGGGAGUCUACUGAAAGUUUUUGGAUUCUUCAUAUAUGCAGACAACCGAAGAUGGAAAUCCUCUAAUUGACUGGGGCCAUGUAAUCGACUCUCUCAAUAAGUUGGAUGCAGGGGUACCUGAGAAAAUGAUAUUGUUGAGUCGUGAUGAGAGGUCAAUGCUAUUUGCAUCAUAUGGGGAUCUAAAGCGCUGCCUUGAGGGUGCUUAUCAAGAACUUGUCAACAGGGGAUCAGGAGACAAAGGAAGGUCACCAAUGUUAGGAGCGCAAUCUCCAAUGGUGCACAAUCCAAGAUUGAAGCAAAGACAAGCAACGUAGAGCUACUCAAUUUUGACGUAGAAGGAAUUCAUAUCCUUGUACUAAUGACAUCUAUUCCGCAGUUGGAUGUCUGGUGGUAGAUAGAUAUCGCAAAGAUUACCUUUGUGUUGCUUACUGAAAGGAAGCUGAAGUUGAAUGUCCAUCAUAGCUGUGGCCCCUCUUCGCAAUGUUCAAAGUUAAAUCACACUAUCCUCUUAUAUUUUACAUGAGGAUGGAUCAGUGUCAUAUAAUUGGUUUCCCUCUUCUUACUGCAGAGGCAUCUGCCUACUUCUAGUCGUGCUUAUCAACGCUCAAAUAGUCCCUCUUCCCGCAUCUCACAUGUGUUUGCUUGGCCUUGAUCACUCUUCCAGCCUAAAACCACGAGUUCAGCUCAUCCAUGGCGCGAGGUCUUCGGCUAAUAGGAUAUGGCAGGCAAAUACUAAUGAGUACAAUUCGUUGUCUCUAGCUUCUAGAGCAUCCAUAGAGUCGAGCUUCUAGAACAUUCCUUAUACAGUUGGACUGAAACUGAUGGUUUGAAUCCAGGGUCGCCUAAGUAGCAAAUGUGGUAAUCCUGUUUGUGGUAACGUGCAUUCACCUCCACCUCCACUUUGCACUAGUCUGAUUAUGUUGCAAUAAUAGUCGGACUUCGUUCUCGAUAUCGUGCCUGCUUUGAACAUAAGUAAGAAGAAAUGACAUGGACGGAUCCUCCAAACCCGAUGUACGGUAAAGUAUCAUAAGCUAAUGGGUAUCGAACGCAUUGUUAAUCAUAGUUGCCGUGAGGCAAUCAUGGAGUACCAACCCCGUUUUCCAGAAAGCGAGAGGAAAUGGUAAAUGGACGUAAAGUUCUUAUGAGUCAUUGAAGUAAGGGCCAAUUCCGAGAUGCCUGGGUAUGUAGUUCACCACUACUGUAAACGC